AAGAGGCAUAUCCCUUAAAAAUCACUAUUUGCUUUUGAAAUUCUUCCAUGGAAGACUACUUGGAAUCCUUCCUUCAAUCUGACGAUUGCAGUUGGGGGAUAUUGGAAGGAACGUUUUCCGGCUACUACUCGAGCUCGCCGGACGGACCUCAGUCGUCAACAACCUCCAAAAACAUCGUCUCCGAGAGGAAUAGAAGGAAGAAGCUGAAUGACAGGCUCUUCGCACUUAGAGCAGUAGUCCCUAAUAUCAGUAAGAUGGAUAAGGCUUCGAUAAUUAAAGACGCAAUUGAUUAUAUUCAAAAGUUGCAACAUCAAGAGAGAACAAUCCAAGCGGAACUGAUGGAGCUCGAGUCUCGAAAAUUAGAGCUGGAAAAUUUGGAUUUCUAUGAAGAGACGGAGUUUCUGUUAAUGGAAGGAUCAAAUAAUAAAAAACUUGAACAAACCUUGGGUUCAAGUGGAUCAAGACCAUAUCCCAUCCAAGUUAUACAACUAUCAGUAUCAUAUGUGGGAGAGAAUACAGUAUUGGUGAGCUUGAAAUGCAGCAAAAGAGGAGACACCAUUGUGAGGCUCUGUGAGGUGUUUGAAUCUUUGAAGCUCAAGAUUGUGACGGCCAACAUCUCUGCUUUUUCUGAAAGUCUCUCUAACACUCUCUUUGUUCAGGCUGAGGAGGAAGAUAUGGAUAUUUUAAGGAUACAAAUCGAAGGAGCUAUAUCUGUAUUAAAUGACCCUCAAAGUCUAAUGAGUAUGUAAAAUAGAGUGUAAUGAGUGUGGUUAUCAUCAAUAUCAAUUCCAACCAUUUUCUUAUGUAAAAAAUGUAAUUAUCAAAUAGAAAUUAUGUAUUAAAUCGUCUUGAUUUUAUGAGAAAUCAUUUAUUUUAAAAGUCA